CGCUUGACCGAGCAGCUCAUCUCAUCCGCGCCCAUGCUCCCGUGCUCGCGCGCCAGGGCCGCCGUCUCUCCCGCACACCUCGCGCGCCAGAAAAGCACCGUCGCAGCGUUUAUUGCCCCGAGGACGCGCACGGGGCCGCCCCCCGCCCCGCCCGCCGAGCUCGCGUCUCCCUCGAGCAAGAACCUCUUCUCGCGCGUCCGCCAGAACAUCGCAAGGUCACACGAAGUCACCCGCGAUGCGACCCCCGCGAAGGCAAAUGUCUUCAACGAUGCACUCGCCAAUAUGCGCUCCGCGCUGAAGCAGUACGACUAUGAGCGCGCCGAGCAGCACUGGCGGCAGCUGCAGGAGCAUGACCUCGUUCAUUACCUUGGUCCUUCACAGCUGCACCAACUGUCGAAGUACCUGGUCAUGCACCAGACGAACAUGACUGCCAAGCGCUUGCAACCACAACGACGGCACGACCUCUUCAAGGAGGUCGCUGUGAUCGCCGCGGCGGGUGGCGCGCCGGACGCGCUCAGGGCCUACAUGCAGUACGCCGUGCGCGACAACCAGCCGCAACUCAUCCUAGAGGUUUACGAGCAGUAUCUAGCGGCAACUGCAGCAAACAAACCUGUCGAGCAGCUGGAGGACGAAGGAGAGGAGUUGAAGGACCACAAUGGAGUCGACCUUGCCGGUGUCUCCUUGGAUCCCGCUACCUUCGAUCGCGUUCAGUUCCUCCUCUUCGCCGUGACGGCGCACAUCAUGCUCGGCGACUUCCAUGCUGCUCUCCGCCUCUACGUCAACUACCCCUCCUCCAUCCCCCGCCAAAGUGUAAACACCUUCCUUCAAACUACUGUCGACAACUCCAGAUCUGUCCAAAUGCGCGAAGUCCUGCUCAAUCUCGACGCUGCUCGCUUGAUCAAGCAUCCCCAAAACAUGGCUGGACGGUUAAUGAGCUUCACUAGGACGAAGGGCUACAAGCAGGUUCAGGCCCUAUACGACAAGAUCGUCGAGGGCAUGUCGGGUCCGGACGCCUUCAUCGCCAGCGACGAGAGCUUGAUAAGCGAGCUCAGGCCAGUCGCUAUGACAGAAUAUCUCUGGACCUCCUUCGUCACCACAUUCCUUCGAUGUGGCAGGAAGGAUCUGGCGCAGGGUGUCUGGCAGAACAUGCUUUCCCUCGGCAUGCGCCCCGGGUUGUUCGUGUACACUGCGAUGCUCGACACGUAUGCGGACACAGGCGCGGUCGACGAUCUCACGCAGCUCUGGAAUACCAUCGUCCAGGCCAAACUGCAGCCCGACGCGCUGGGGUAUCGCGCACUCGUCGAUGGGUUGAUGAAGGCGGGGCGAUUGCAGGAGGCCCUGGAGCGGUAUGAGGAGUUCAAGCGCACCCAGCUGCCGAAAGCUCCCCCAGAACACGCCAUUACCGUCUUCAACACGAUGCUGCACGAGCUGCUGUUGUCGCGUUCGCCUAACGUAGCCAGCGACGUGUUCAAGGACAUGGUUCAACUGGGUAUCAAACCUGACCAGGUCACCUUCAACACAUUCCUCGCGUACUAUGCCCGGCGGGAAGACAUGACGGGAGUGUCCAACACCAUCCAGGCUAUGAGGGGAGCGGGGCUCUACGGGGACGAGUUCACGUAUACUUCGAUCCUCACUGCCUUGACUCGCGUCGGGCGCAAAGACGCGGCGGACCUGGUGCAUGGCAUCAUGACUUCGCUGAACCUGAAGCCGUCGGCACACAUGUACACCAGCCUCAUCACCCGACAGCUGAGGGAGGGCUCGGAGGCGAACUUGGAAGCCGCUUACAGGUUGCUGCACCUGAUGGAGACGACGCCCGGCCUCGCGCCGAGCGUCGUCACGUAUACGGCCAUUUUGGCAGGGCUACAUCGUGGCGACUGGUUGAACGAGGAGGAGCGGCAAAGACGACGGGACGACAUCAUGCACCGCAUGGCCGCCCGCGGCCUGCAACUCACUCGCGUCACAUACCACAUCCUGAUCAAAGCCUGCCUGGAGCAAGAGGAGAGCCUUUUGGAUGCUGUCAUGUAUUUCCGCGAGAUGCUCGCGCGCAAACUCGUUACGUCCGACGCAUGGUAUCUCAUACUCUCCGGGGUCGCGCACUGGGAGCGGUGGGACGUUGGGGACGAGUUGAUACGAUAUAUGCAGGUGCAGCGCGUAGAGGUGCUGCCGUCUGAUGGUGUGGGGACACGGAAGGGGGACCGUUACGACAUAUAAUAUAAUCUCUACUCCUCAUGACGCGCCGAGAAGGAAUGCCUUGCCCAAACCGAGCCGCUUGUAGCGGUCGAAUGCCCAGAAACUCCAUUUACGACCGAGAUAGCGGCCGAGUAAGGGGAGGAAGACCAUGCCGAAGAUGUCACGGAGCUGGUCGAGGUUUUCCUCCCACUCGAUGAGCGCCUGGAGGUAGCUGUCGUCCGAGCGCACAGACGACGUGUCCGAGAGAUCGUCGAGGGAGUCCAGCUCUGAGGCCAUUCUAGCGUUCGAAAUUACACCCAAAAACCCAAGCAGAGGGUACAAGAGAAGCUGCACGCCGUGGACGUAAGCUGGCGCGGUGGCGGGGGAGAGCAAGAACCGGG